CGGCGGAGGAGGAGGAGGAAGAUUUCGGCUACCGGCUCUUCCCGGACCGGAAUAAGAAGCCUCAGAGCUUCCUGGUCCGCAGCCUCUUCACCUUCCACAACAAGUGCCAGCUGAUGCUGAGGCUGACCCUGGAAACGAAGGAAUUGAGAUGAUUUGUCCAUGUCUGUGCAUUCGUGCCCCUUGCACUGUUUGGUGUGGACUAUGAGUGUUGACAGCAAACGAUGGUCACUAUAGACCACUCUGUUUAUGUUUAUUAGUAAUAAAAUAAUGUCAGGAGUGACUUGAUUGCUGAACAGCUUCUUUUACUCUGUAUCCUGGGAUACAUCAAAAAGACCAUGGCCAGUGGGUCAGUGGAAGUCAUUCUCCCCCUCUGUUCUGCUCUCCUGGGACCCCACCUGUAGAACUGCAGCCACGUCUAGUGCCCCCAGCAUAAGAAGAAGAACAUGGAACUGUUGGAAUGGUUUUCAAAACUUUUGUCUAGAGAAAUUGAUUGCAGCAAUGUUUUUCUAGAUCCAUAUGCUCGACUUCUCCUUGAGGCUCUGAAGCAAUCUGGUUGCACUGUCUUCAAUGAUCGGCACUUUUCUUGUGAAAACUGUGAUGGCUGUGUCAGUGGAGGUUUUGAUGCUGCCACAUCUCAGAUUGUUCUGUGUCAGAACAACAUUCGCCAACAAUCCCAUAUGAACCGGGUGGUCACACAUGAAUUGAUUCAUGCAUUUGAUCACUGCCGUGCACACGUUGACUGGUUUAAAAAUGUCAAACACUUAGCAUGUUCUGAGAUUCGAGCUGCUAAUCUCAGUGGAGACUGUACUUUGAUGAAUGAAAUAGCCAGGUUUAAAUUUGGAUUGAAAGGGCACCAUCAGACUUGUGUACGAGACAGAGCAAUUCGUUCCAUUCUGGCUGUUAGAAAAGUUAGCAAAGAAACGGCAGAAAAAGCUGUGGAUGAAGUUUUUGAUGCCUGCUUCAAUGAUCUGGAACCUUUUGGAAGAAUCCCACACAGCAAGGCUGAUGCAAAACGUGCUUACAGAGACUUUCAGAACAGAGAUCGCUAUACUGCUAAUUUGUAAGGGGGGCUGGGGAAAGCCAUGUAAGAAAUGACAUUUAAUACCUGAUUGUUCAGUAACAUCUGGAGUUAUAGUCUGUGCCCUCAGUGCUCAUGGAAGGGGCAAAUCUAUCAAAUAUAUAAAUUAAUUUUUAGACAUUUUUCAUGAGCCAACUUCCAUGGAAGUAAAUGGGGUAAAUGUAUGAGACUAAAAAUGGUGCUUCCUCACCUGUUUCCAGAAAGAUAAUUUAGUAUGCCAAAUGACUCGUCAAAUACAAUUCAAUGUGCUUUUAAUUUUUUCACUCUGACUGACUAGGACUUGGUUUCUGAAAAUUUUGUUGUUACUGAAUAAAUCUUUCCAUAAAA